AUGAAAGAAUAUUUGUACAGAAAGAGCUUAGAAGGCAGAGAACGCCUUCUCUACGAGAACAAGCGCAAGAUUAGAGAACCUCUGCAAGAGGGAAAACCGAUUCCCACUGAGCUUCGGAAUGAAGAGGCUGAGCUUUGUCGAGAAAUCGAUCUCGAAGAUGAGAACACUGCUGGUAUAUGA